AUGAUCCAUUGGGAGCUGAUGGGAUAUAGUAUCAAAGGCUGUGGUAAUGUCAAAGAGGAUGAGGAUAGAGAGGAGACCGGAGUCAACUGCACAAAGGAGGUCAUUGGUGAUCAACAUGAGUCCAGGAUGAGCAAUGCUCAGACGGAGCCAGAGGAGGAGAAGUCCUGUUCUCCUCAGGAGGAGUUGGAGUGUAAGAUCUGUUACCAGCGCUACAACACCCACAACCGCCGGCCUAAGAUUCUUCACUGUCUGCACCGUGUCUGCGCCUGCUGCCUCAGCAAGAUUCUGGACAUAGCAGAUGGCCCGGCCUGCGUCUCCUGCCCCUUCUGUCGCCAUGAGACGGAGGUGUCAGGGUUCAAGGUGUCAAGCCUCCCGGACGACUCGAACAUCAUGUCCCGCCUGGCGACUCGAGACAAGUCCUGGAGCUCUGACCACAGCCGGGAGGUCCUUCUGUCCCCCAAGAGCCUGUCAUCCUCCAGCCCCACACAUGACUCCUCCAACUGCCUGGUCAUCACCAUCAUGGAGGUGCAGAGGGAGACUCAGCGCUCCCCGAGUCGAACCGGUAGCUCAGAUUUCUAUGCAGAGCAGAGUCUGGACUCGGUGUCGGUGGGUUCUAACGGUCCAGCAGACCCGGACAGACUCUCUAGUCUGUGCAAGCAUGUCCCUCGCAUCUUGGUCUGGCUUUUGGGUUUCUUCUACUUCGGUUCUUUGCCUCUAGGGAUCUACCUGCUGGUGAUCCAGAGGGUGACGCUGGGCGUGGUGUGUGUGAGCCUGGUGCCCUCCAGCCUGACCGUCUGUCUAGUCUAUGGCUUCUGCCAGUGUCUCUGCCAGGGCGUGUGUGACUGUUUCCACAGGACGUGA